GUGACUACAGUUGUCCGGUCGCUCUUUUUCUUCUUAAUAGCUUUGUGGCACCAGAUGUUCGUGUUUUUAGUUAGAAAGUCCAUCUAUUUCAGGCGGUCAACAUGUUUUUGCUGCAUGAUUAUUAAUCAGAAAGAAUAUUAAUAUCUAGAGAAUAAAUUCAGAAGGAUUCAUUUACGAUUGUCAUUGUUAAGUUGCAUUUUUGAGGAUGUUGUACAUUUACAUUAGUUUUAGUAGUACUACAGAUGUUCUUUUAUCAUCCCUCUUACUAAUAACGUUUUCGUCAUUUCAGGUUCUUGAUGGAUAAAAAUAAAAUUUAAGCCUCUUCGUUUCUAAGAGCUCUUUUCUACAAUCUGACGCAGAUACCAACCAAUAUUCUGCUGUUUUUAGUUAUCGAAAUUUAAAGUCUGAUCUCUGACUUAUAACCACGGAAAUUUCCGUUGAAGCAGUACUAGUAGAUAGUGUGUUACUUAUGGCUGUCCAGCUCACUAUUUUGUCUCCAGAUUUUGGCUCAUGGUGACUUAGUUCAAAUAUGGUUGAUGUACUGAGUAAAUUGACAUUUGAGGAGAGGGACGAAGAACGUUUUGAGGAUUAUACAGCUGUAACUGACUGGGAAGUGUGAGUUACAACUCAAAUUUACUAUUUAUAAAUUAGUUUCUUCAUUUUACUUAUCAAAGUAAGGGUAACGGGAGUUUCCAAAAUAGGUAAUCCCAGAUGUUUAAAGCAUCCCUUGAGUAGCAUAAAAUUACAUUGAGAGUCUUACUGGCUUCAGAUACAAAGUGGUAGUCAGAAAGUUUGUUAUGUUGUGAUUCAGUUACCUAAGUAGUUCAGUGGAUUCAUUACAAGCGUGUCACUCAGGUUCGACAUUUAUUAUUAGUGUGAUAGUGUUACUGUCAAUGAGACUGAAGCAUGUAAAUGAAGCCUGUGAUGUGUCUAAAAACAAUACCUCAAACAGUCAGGCUAGUAAUUAAGUGCCCCAAUUAGUUUCUCUAUUAGCUCAACAAACCAUUAUUCACUCCUAUUUGUGGCCCAUUAUUUGCACAAUGCGUUUGUCAACAACUGAUAAAAGUAAGUAGUGGUGGGUAACUUGUUUAUCCCUAUGGUUGAUUUUAAUUUGCAUUUUGUGAGUGGUCUAGUGAUAUUUUUUGUCUGAAACUAUGACCUUAGCCCCCAAAUGCCCUGGUAUAGCCGAGAGUGGGGUGGGUCCUUCCUCUCGAAAUGCUCUCACACGGCCACGCGCACACAACCUCUGCCAGGGAAGUCCUACUCACUGCCUUCUCGUGGUGGGGGUGUUCUUUACGGAAUUGCGAGGACGAAAAGCGAGUGUCCGGCGCUUUAACCAAAUCCCAAACCAAUGGUGCACAUGGGCUCCAGUAUCCUGCGGGAACAAAUGGUGUAUGAACCAAUCGUUGGUCAUCGGCUACCAUGGGAAUGCAUCUCCUCACGAUCCUCCACUGCCUUGUGGGUUAGACUUUUAGGUCAAAGGCUCUGGUUGUGGCCCCCUAAGAAAACCACCUGCUUGGGUUUGGGCACCCAGGCAGUAUCCCAGCACUCACACAAAUCGAAUGAUUUAUGUGGCGCAUACCUAUUUGGUGCCUCCUUGUACCGAUAUUUAUGUGUUUAAAUAAAUAAAGAUGACCGGAGGUUCGGAUCUUUUAUUUAUUAAUUAAAAACUACGUGCUUUAGUCACCAAUAAUUCACCAUUAUUCUGUUGGACAAAUAACUUAUACAUUCCACCGUUAUUAUCUUAUCACCCAUUCCUCAUAUUUCAGUUUUACACAAGAACUUGAAAAUUGUUUAACAAGUUGGAUGAUAAAACAGGACAGUGAAGUCUCUUCAGUUUGUGGACGUGUUCAAUUUUGUGGAAAUUUAAAAUUUGGUGAGAGAAUCUUCAAUUUAAGUUACUAUAAAUCUUGCAUUGAAUCUGAACAAACUAAGAAUUCGACCCAUACAAUCACAUCCGAAAGUAUUUCGAGAAACUGUGUUCGUGUUAUUACUCCAAUACCUGAUUUCAAUGGACAAUUUAUUAUUCCAUUAUUCUGGUUUGGUUUAUCUCAUGCAUUCAUUUUAAAACCUGAUGAUGGUGUGAUUAAAGGUGGAACACGACUUAGUUUAUUGCUUAGUUCAGUUGAAAUGGCUGUUUAUGCAACACGAUGUCCUGUACCAGUUUUGGUGGAACAUUAUGGACCUUCAUAUUUUGGUUUGGCUGCAUCAUCUUGUCUUAAAUCAAGUGAUUAUACGAAUUAUCUUCAUAAUAAUAUCGAUACUGUAUCAUCGUCAUUGUCAACUUCUAAUCGGAUUGGUUCAUUAAAUAUUGAUUUUACUAGUUGCCGUAUUGAAAGUGAAAUAUUAGCGAAUUGUACACAUCUUAGUGGGUUAAAAGAAAUAUUCCUUACUAAAUUGGGUUAUCCUUGGAGUGUGAAUUAUCCUGUUCCAAAAUUAGAUAUUUCAGCCAGAUUCAUAUAUCAUCUACCAUCAUGGUCGUCAUUACGAGUGGAGUAUCAGAAUACUAACUCAUUAAUGUUCUCAUUUGACUUAUUACAAAGAUCUUCAUUGAAUCUAUCGUUUAAUUUAGCGACUACUUGGCCGUUAGUACCUAGCCAUGCAAUUACUGAGAAACCAUCAUGGAAAUCGUUAAAGCCGGAAGGUGCACCAAUUUGUCAAUUACAAUUAUGUGCAAAUAAUCCAUUCGCCGAUAAAAUGAGUAUACGAAUUCAGCGGUUGUUUAAAUGUUGUUCUAAAUAUGAACAACCUAUUCAAACGACUGACAUCUCAUCAGAUAAUCCUAGUUCCGUUUUGUCAAGUGAUUCAGUCAUUCAGUUUCUACUAUUUCUUUUUCCUGAUGCUGACGCUGAGGGUGUUUGUAAUAAAGUUCUUCAUAAUGAACUAACAUCAUCUUUUGGUGAUUUAUCAAUACAUGAAUUAUUAGUAUGGAAACGUCAACAGAUUAUGAAUUCUUCAGAGAGACAGAAAUUCGCUUCUAUUUUUGGCUUACCAAAUCCUACUUCAUUAAUUCAUCGUUUAGCUGUGAUCAUUGCUAAUCUUCUUGUUUAUAAACAUUAUGAAUUCAAUGAUUGUUUAUUAUUGAUCAAUUCAAUAUUUAAUGAAUUUUACAUUGAAUUACAACUUCGUUAUGAUCGUUUAAUAUGUUUACCAUCAGAAAUAUUAUACGAAGAAGUAUUCAACAAUAAUAAGAUAAUAAUAGAAGAAAUAUCCAUUAAUGAAAAUAAACCAUCAUUAAAUGCAUGGAAUCAUAAUUUAAUUCAGUCAAUUAAUGAAUUAAAAUUUAAAGAUUGGCCUAUUGAUUGUUACUACAAUUUGGAUUGUAUUUUGCAUCGAUUUAAUGGGUGCAUUUUGAAGGCUAGAGAAGGUCAUCAACAUCAAACAUUAAAAGUCCAAAGUGAUGAUGAUGACGAUGGUGAUGCAUAUUUUGAUGUUUAUGAUGAAACUUCUCCAUCAUCUCAUGAUGAAGUUAAGUUGGUUCAUCCGAAAACUAAUUGGUUAGAUGCUUGCUCUAGAAAUGAUGCAUUAUCGGAAGCAGAAAGUAUACUUGAUUGGCUUAAAUCAAGGUCUUUAAUGGAUCAUUUACAUUCACUUCUACCGCAUAUCAUUCUAGAAUGUAUGCUUACAUUCCAUUCUUUAAUCCCUCAUCCUCGACUAUCUAAAUGGUAUUCGUCUAUGCUCAAAAAGCUUGAUCAGGAAAUCUAUGAUCUAUUAAAAAUUCAUUCCUCUAAACCGACAAAUGUGGACAUAGUAUCAAAAGUCACAAAAUCUUUUCCAUUGUCAACAUUUUGUGAUAUCUUAGAAAUUAUUGCUGAAUUUUCAAUUCAAUUCACAUGUUUCAAUGAAUUAAUUUAUAAUGUUAUUCUUUGUGAUUAUAGUUAUAUGUUAGAUUCGGAUAUAUUUUUAAAUUUCCUAUGUAAAUUAUCCAAUCAUGUUAAUCUAUUGGAAAAUAUAACUGGUCAAUUGAAUUCAUGGUCACCUAGUUUAGGUGGUUGGAUUAAUUUGCCUAAUACGAUGACUACUACCAGUACAACUGUUACUAAUAAGAAUGUAAAAGAAACUGAACGUGAUAUGAUUUUAAAAUUUUUGAAAAUGUUGUUUGAUAAAAAUAUCCCUAAUGAAUUAAAUUCAACAGGUGAAAGAAUAUUUCAUUUUACCAGUAUUCCACAAACAUGGUUACCACCAGAUCGUCCAGUUGAUCUAAGACGUCCAAAUUAUGAAUUAUAUAUAUUCUAUACUGAAUUACCUUAUCCAAAUCAAUUAACUAGUCGAUUAGGUUCACAUCGUUUAUAUAUUGAAUUACAUUAUGAUAAACAAAUAUCAAAUUAUAACAUUUUAUUAAUGGCUGGUAGUUUUAGUCAUGAUACACAAUUUUUUUGAAUAAAUCACUAAGUAAGUAUAUCAAUAAAUGUUGUUAU